AUGCGUGAGGAUGGUCUGGAGGAGGGUUUUGACGGCGAGGAAGACCCUACCUGUCCGCCGAUCUAUUUCACCGCAGCCGAGGAAAGGGAAUACUGCCGCAAGCUGAGAUCAGCCCUGAUAGUGAAACCACUGGGCAGAUUAGUGUCGUACACAGCGGUGUCUAUCCGACUGAACACGAUAUGGGCGAAGGCAGGAGGAAUCCAAGUUACUUCAAUGAAGAAUGGCUACUUCCUCGUUCGUUUCACGAGUGGCAUGGACUACGAUAGAGCAGUCACGAACGGCCCGUGGAUGAUUGGUCCGAACUACCUAUCGGUGCACAUGUGGGACAAGAAUUUCGACCCUUACAAUCAUGAAAUUUCAUCGACGUUAGUUUGGGCGAAACUUCUUGAUAUUCUGAUUCACUACUUUCACCAAGAGGCCAUGAUGAAAAUUGGGCGUCGUAUUGGACGACCAUUCCGAAUUGAUGAAGCCACUCGCACAGAGGCCGAAAGUGACUACGCCCGUGUUUGUGUUCAAGUGGACCUGACCCGACCUUUACUGUCGAAAUUCUCCAUCAGAGGCAAGAAAUACUUUAUCCAGUACGAAGGGUUGGAGAAUAUCUGCUUGAACUGUGGCACCUCUGCAGAGAAGUGGGGGUUGCUCGUGCGUUAA